AUAUAUAUUGUGGUUGUUGUGUUUCGUUUGAUUCUGUAAGAAUUAUAAUCGAAAAGAACAAGAUAAAUAUGAGCGAUCAAGAUCCAACGAGUAUUAUUAAUAUGAUAAAAGACUUACGUUCUGGAGCAGAAUCUUAUCGCAGAAGUGUUGGAAUACGUUUCUCAGGUACUGGCUAUGUAUCCUCGAAGUUCAAUGAAAGCUCAGAUGACAGCAUUACUUCACCUAAACGGCUGAGAUUAGAUGAAUCUGAUACAUCCAUUAGCAAUAAAACUCAGUCUGACUCUGUCCCGGGUAGUCCUUGGGAAUGGCGACGUAUGAAGGGAGAGGUUAUAUCAUUAAAGACUAGACUGAUGCAUCAAGAGGCAGCUGUACAACAGUUACACAAUAUACGUAGACAGAUGGAGGAAGUCUUCGAGAAGGAGAAAGGUCUCUUGCAAAUCCAGACAGAACAGGAUAAACAAACUAUUCAACAGCUGGAAGUCCGACUUGAUGUUGCACGGCGAACAAUCCAGGAUGUAAAAGAGACACAUGAUACUGCAGAGAAAGAAUGGUCCCAAACAAAAAACAAUUUAGAAAGGAAAAUUACAUCAUUAUUAAACGAAAAUGCAAAAUUAUCCGAGAAUCUAAGAAAUAUUUCCACAAAGGAAAAGUCUCCUACUCCUAAUGAUAUCAACGAAUCAAAUGAAUUACAAAUAAAACUGGAAACUGUGGAAGCCAGAGCAGCAAUACUGGAGGAGAAAAUGAAGGAAUAUCUCAAGAUGCAACAGGACUACGAAUUGCUGAAUGUGGAACUACAAAGUAUGAAAAUGAAAUUAGAAAAACUGGAGUCAGAAAGAGCACUGUGGGAAGAGGGCAAAUUAUUAGCAGGAAGAGCUGCAAGAGCAAAUGACUUGGAGAAAGAAUUGAAUGUUGCAAAAAGGACAAUUGCAGUGUUAAAAGAAUCAGUUAAGGAGAAAUUACUUUUAGAAGAACAAAUGGCUAACAUGACAAAAAGGCUAGAGCAUACUGAAAAAGUAGAGCAACAAGUGGCAAUGUUAGAAGCAAAGCGAUCUGAGCUUGUGCUUCGCUUGCAGGAAUAUGAAACUAUUGGCAUUACUGGAGGACCAAUGGCGAUGAAGCGGGAAUUGAAUAGACUUCAGCAAGCUGAAGUGGACCUAAGAGCAGAAGAAGGCCAGCUUAGAUCGAAGUUGGAUGCAGUUAUACGAGAGUCGCAGAACUUGUCAAAUAAUUACGAAGAGGCAAGGAAAUUGGUUACUGAUAUGACGUUGUCGAAAGAUAAAUUGAGCAAGCUUGUGAAUAGGCUCCAGAAGAAGAUGAUUCUCGUCACCAGAGAGAGGGACAGUUACAGACAACAAUUGGAUAUGUAUGAGAAAGAGAUAACGGUGGACGGCAACAAUGCAAUAACUGAAAGAAUACCGGCUUUGGAACGCGUUAUAGAUGGAUAUAGGGAUUUAGUCAGUAAAUUGGAAAUGGAUCUUCAAACGGCCGAGACUGGCACUCAGAAGAACGAAUGCAAUAAAUUGAAAGAAGAGAUCGAACAACUGAGAGGCGAGCUUGAACACCGCAUGUUAAAGGGUGAUUUUAACUGCAACGCCCGAAUUCUACAUUUCACGAUGAAUCCCGCAUCGAUGGCGGAGAAGCAAGCACAGGAAAAACAAGCGGCUCUGUUACGAGAAGUGGAAGAACUUCGUGCUAAAGUGGCGUCGGGAAAUUAUGGCACAACUGUUUCAUCGUUACAGACGCAAGAAAUCGCGGAGUUGAAGCAAACGCAUGAAAUAAAGAUAGCGCGUUUGAAGGAAGCUUUCAAAGCAUCCUCACAAGAGUACCGCCAAGCGUGCUAUCAGUUAUUCGGUUGGAGAGUGGACCGAACAAAGGAAGGUUGCUACAAGCUGUCGAGUCAAUAUGCAGAGUCGCCAGAUGAUUUCCUGUUUUUCCACGUAGGUGAAGAGGGUGUAGAUAUGUUGGAAACUGCUUUUUCUGCGAAUUUAGGCAGUUUGAUUGAACAAUAUUUGCAAAAACAGCGUAGUGUUCCUAUGUUUCUUAAUGCUGUACAAUCUGAUCUGUUUAGCCAGCAAACAGUGACAAAUGUCAUAAUAUAA